AUGGACAAGGCCUCCAUCGUCGCGAGUCCUCCAUCACCCUCAUUGUCAGCUCCCGACCUUCCCGAGGAUGUGUUCCUGUUGAUCUUGACCCACCUAGCGGCAUGGGACGUCGUCAGCUGCCAGCGAGUGUCCAAGGCAUGGCGGACCGCAUACACCAAGCCCGAGUACCUUCGGAUUGUAUUGCAGCAGUACCCACACACCCGAGAAAUCCGGGACCUGCCUCCAGGGGCUCUGCACUUCCGCUCUUCGCAGGGUGGUCGGGUCGACUGGCAACACAUCGUUGUCACCGUGGCCUCACGCCAUCAGAGUUUCGUCACAGGCACCGCCAGAACGGUGUGCAGAUAUCCCAUGGCCGACGUCGAACAAUCGGGCCACUGGUUCCCCGUUGGACAAUGGCGUUACCAUGAGAGUCAGCCGGGAGGUCGUUUGUAUAGCCAGCCUGCUGCCAUGCAUCCCGGGAGGACCAGCUCGGGACCGUUCCUGUUCAGACCCACCUUGUGGUCAUACGACGAUGGUCUUCUCGUGUAUGCUCCUGCUCAACGCAGUCAAGACGAUUCCGUCCCCUCCUCCCCAUUCCUGACUCUUCUGGACAUCGCCACUGGCGAGAGGUAUCCCGUCCCGUUCGACAUCCGCGGUAAGAUCAUUCGCAAUCUCCGCCUGAGGGACCGCACUUUGGUGCUCGAAUGGGCGGAGAAGGAUCCCUAUCACAAUCUCGAUGCCGUGGAACAGGUCAACCGGCAUUUCGCAAGCUGCUUCGACAUCAGUCGGGGGAAGAACCCGCAAUCUUGGGCGGUGGCAUGGCGAUCAGAGUGGAAGAUGCACUUUCUAGGAUUGCCGCUCAACUCCCAUUCCCGCUUCUUGUCCACCCACAACUCCACCCACUAUGCGGUGUACUUCUGGCAGCCCAAUCGCAGCAUGUAUGCCGGCGGCGAGGAGAUGCCCAUAGAAUCACUAGGGGUGUGGGACAUUUCUAACCCUUCCUCAUACCAACCCUCUACUGAUCCCUCGGGAAAGUCCCGUCCGCCAGAGAAGGAGGGUCCAUAUAUCGUCUCGAGAUUCUUGUUCACCGACAUGGACUUCUUCGGGGUGAGGCAAUAUGCGAGCGUUUCUCUCAUGUCUCUCAGUCUCCACUCGGCAUCGUUGUCGCUUACUGUGCGGGAAAAUGUCGGCGUGGCCGGACAGGGCUAUUUUGACCCAGCCGAGAGGCUGUGGUGUGCAAAAACAACCACAUUCCCUUUUCUUGGCCAAGGUCCUCGGCUGUACAGGGAAUGGGACGGCACUCUGCCACCAUAUCGCGGGCAUUGUAGCAUGGAAAGCGCCGAGGUCGAGGACAGCGAGAGGUGGUUCGUCCCAAUCAUGGAUGUGAUCGACGUAGAUGCCGGCGUCAGGAUGAGUCUGGUGGAGACCUGUAUCUCCAGCCAAAGCGUGCAGAAUCAGUUGGUGAUCAGGAUGAGGUUCGAGGCGGCAGGUCAAAACGACGGAGAGGAUGUCGGUCCAGGUUGGGUGACGCUCGAAGACCGCUUGACUCGGGAGGUAGGUUCAAGGGGACGCAUCGCCGGCGACGAGAGAUGGUUGAUCGGGCAAAAUGAACACAUGGAGAUUGUGGUAUUGAACUUUUGA